UGUAUGUAUAAUGACACAACAACGAGCGACUCCACCUUGAGACCUCGCGGCACGCUGUCUGACAAAACUGACGCCGACCCAGGACGGUGCAAUUGAGCGAUUACCUUACCGUGCCUACUCGGUCAAAUCGUGACACUUCCGAUUCCAUAAAACGUCUUCAAUUUUCAGCACAGUAUUUUUUUUUUUAGAUAUAUUUUGUGAUAGAGAACAACAGGUGGAUACGAGUCGAGUCUUUCCCAAUUUCUCCCGUAAACCUGCUGUGGCUUGUUGGAUGGACUGAAUCAUUGUUGGAACGGAACCGUUUUUUUCUGUGAUUGUACGUGCCCAAACUCCUUGGGGUCUACUGGAGGUUGACUGCUUACUGAAGAGAUGAAAGGUCAAAUUGCCAAGGGUGUGGUGGCAUUGUCCAUCUUCAUCUUUCUCCUCUCUAAAGUAUCGUGCGACCGGGAUCUCCACUUUUGCGGCAUCUGGCGCCACGGCCGACGUCCGCUGAGCCUAAGCUUCGACAUCCUGCCCGGCUGCGGUCAAAUCAGCAUCGCGGCCGACGAAAGCUCCCUGAAUGUCCGCGGGCGAAUCGCGGCGCAGUGCCAGCGCUCCGGCACGCACCGGCUGGACCGCCAGACGCUCGACGAGGACGGAGAGACGCACUUUUGUCUGUACUGGGAGCCGCUGCAGGAUCAGUUGAAGUUACAGGUCGGCGAGAGGAACUUCACCCUUUGCUGGCCCAGCGGCACGCCCGACGACUGUUGCACGUACCUGUCGUACGGCUCCAACGCGCCCGAGGCCGCCUACGGCAUCGCGGACGGGAUGAUCGAGAAUGACAUCACCACCCGUAAAACGCUGACGGCCUACACGUUUAACGGCAGCGCUGUCAAAUGCGCCACCUUCUGUCCCAAGCGGAGCCAUGGAGUCGCCCAAGUCAGCAUGACUGCCCAGACUGCUGUGGAGCCUCUGUGUGCCCUCAGCUCGGAGCUGGAGCUCAAGGAUGAUUUCCGAGGCAUUGAUAUCAACUCGUCUCAUGUGGAAGGCAUGACCCCAGAGCCCACCAUCCACCUCCCCCCAGCUUUGAAGCGAGCUGCAAAGAACAACAGCAGAGUUGUCUACACCUUCUUCAAAAACAACUCCAUGUUCCAGGUGGAUCACGAGGAGGUACGGGUUCUUGAUGACGUGGUGGAAAUCUCCGUUGAGAACCAAGUCAUCCAGAACCUGGCUGAGCCAAUCAGGAUUGGCUUCCAUCAUGACGCCAUCCCUAAAGCACAUUCAAGGAAGUGCGUCUCAUGGGACACGAGGAAAGAUCCGAUGAAGGUGAACUGGUCGGUGGAGGGUUGCAAGACGCAUCAGAGAGGAGCGAAGCACACCGAAUGCCUCUGCGACCACCUGACCUACUUCACAGUGCUAGUGCAACUGGAGCCUCGCCCGGUGCGCCACCUGCUGGCUCUGACUGUCAUUUCAUCUCUGGGCUGCAUCGUGUCUUUCAUCAGUGGCAUUGCUCUCAUCGUCUUCCUCUGCAGGAGAAGGCGAGCUAAGGAUCCAGCCACACCCAUCCACCUGGGCCUGGCCGUGUCCCUCACCUUCCUCCACCUGCUCUUCUUCUUCACCGGCGUCCUGGCCAACGUGGGAGGUCAAGACCUGUGUGUCAUGAUAGGUGCCGGCCUUCAUUAUGCCCUACUCAGCACCUUCUCCUGGAUGGGCAUCGAAGUGUUCCACACCUUCUGGAUGGUCUACAUGGUCUUCAGACCCUCUCCGAGCCUCUGCGUGUGGAACCUGCUCGGCUUCGUUCUGCCUGCCGUUCCCGUCGUUAUCCUGGUGGCAGUCGGCGACAUCUACGGCCUGAGGCAGGUGGCGUCGACUGAAGACGUAGGCAACCCGUACUUGAUGUGCUGGAUGAAGCUCAACCCCAAAUCGUUGCUGGCUCAACACCUCACCAACAGCACGGUGCUGGCCGCGCUGGUGUCGGCCGGCCUGCUGAUGCUCUUCCUGGUCUACCGAGAAAUUCGCACCCGGGACGAGUGGCGAAAGAACCAAGUGGCCUUUCUCAGCAUCUGGGGCCUCAGCUGUCUCUACGGCACCACCUGGGCUCUCGCCUUCCUGGAAUUCGGACCGUUCUCGGACUUUAUCAUGUUCCUCUCCUGCAUCCUCAAUUCCUUCCAAGGCUUCCUGCUGAUGUUGAGGUUUUUCAUGCUGGAGUGGAUGCGCAAGCACGCGGUGAGAAUCAAAGAGUCGCCCGCCAAGGCGUGUCACAUGCCUACGUCGCCGUCCACCAUCAGUCAGGAACCUCUGGAGCCGCUUUGUUCCAGCUCUUGAUGCCUCCCUCGUUAAAAAAUCGACACUCAGGUAACUAACACCUCCACGCCGGCCCGGAGCCUGGAUCGAAUCUUUUCUUGAAUACCUAGACUGGCUCUAGUUGUAGUUUUUGUCUUUCUUUACUCUAAACUGGAAACUCAUUAAGCUUUAUUUCCAGACAGAUGAAGGUUUACUGCACUGAUAUUUUCUCUUGACUAUUUGGUGAAUUAGAAACCAUUUCUGCUUUGGACCUUAGCUAAGCUUUGAUUAUUUUUUUUUUUUUUUAAUUUUGUACAGUUUUGAAGUAGCACUUUAGAUGUUGUGUUUUUUUAUGACAUCCUUGUGUGGGAAAUCCUGUUUUGUUCAGUUGUCUGUCGACAAAUGCUUACUGGCCAACGGAGUAUCUAUUUAGAAAAAAAACAUUUGUAUUGUCUUAGUUUUUUAAUCACACAAUUUGGAGAUACUUCACUUGUUUUCAUGUUGUUAAAAAGAAAAUACUGUAUCCCCUCUUAUAGUAGCUGGAGAUAAUAUUUACGUAACUGUGGGAUCUUACGGUACAAAAGGCCCGUUUGAAGUUUGGUUUCUUUCUGAAAACUAUUCCCUGGUCCUAAUGAAAUGCCUUUUGAUUCUUUUUUUUCCCGCUAAAUGGAAUCUUUCAGCGUACUUUGAGAAAAAUCAGUUUCACUUUGCUACAUGACAUUUGCGAGGCAAGCCAUGCCUGAAAAGUUUCGUUAGAAAUGCUCAUUUUGACCAAACUCAAAAACAUGCCCAGAAUGGUAUGAAAAUUGCUCCUUCAUUCUUUUUUUUUUUUUCUUUUUUUUUUUUUUUUUUGUAAAACGAAUCACCCAAUGCCGGUUCCACUUAACAUAGACAUAACUUGAUUAGUUAUUGACACUGCUUACGGUUGGGGGAUGGAAACUCCUUUAAUGACCCCCACUUCCAAUUUAUUUUCACAUUUUUGAACUAUUAAUGUGUAAAGCAACAUCAUUUAAUACUGUGAAGGUAAUUACGGACGGUUUGUUGUCGCCCUUCACUGCAGGUUUGUAUUUGAAGUGUGCUGUCGAAUAAAAUACGGGUUGUUAACGUUGCUGUUAAAAGGGAGAUCGAUGAUGUGAGUUAUGACAUCAUUAGCAUUCAUCAAUCAUUAUUAUGAUAGCACAAAAUGCAGGCUACUGUUUUGAAAGAAUGGUGAUCAUGCCCCCAAAUGGAGCAAAGACUGAGAGUACAUGUUGUUCACAUAUCCAAACAAGGGUUACACAUAUAACAGGAAGAGCUCAUUAUAAUCAUCUGCUUUGAAUUAAUCUUCUUGUUGACACAGCCAAAAAUGUGAGUUUAGUCCGUUUUAAUCGAAAUUGGCGCGGACAAGAAAGAACAUGAAUAAGCCGAGCAGAAGAAGUUUUUGUUUUGUACAUUUUGAAAGUAUGUCUCGCUCUCUAACUUGUUCAUUAUAAACCGUGACAUAACAAAGUCUUGUUUGGACUUGUAAAUUUAAUUUGACACGAUGAAGUGGUAUGUUUUUGAGUCCAAUUCUGAUUUCACGUUGAAAUUAAUGUGACCCACCAACAAACCAAGUGUUUUCUUAGUUACUGUGACAAUUGCACUUUUGUUUCUGUAUCCUCCACUGUAUCGAGUCUAAAAAUAAAUACUUUUGAUGAUAAA